AUGAUCGCAAUCUCGCUCCUCUGGGUCAAAUUCCUGCGGCUAAAUCUCGAGCUUGAUGCCGAUGCGGGCUGGCGGAUCCUCGACCUCGUUAUAGGCGGCAGCCAACUGCUCGUACAGGGCAUGGAUGCGCGCCGACAAUUAGGCGCUGAUGGCGAUUGUCUCCUCGGCAGGUUUAUGGCACGGCAGUUGCUUCUCUGCAUUUUCAUCUACGAGGAGGAGCGGCAAAGGGAGGAAAUACUGAUUUGGUCUCACGAAGCUACAUAUUUGUUAAUAUGA